GAAACAACCUCCAGUAACCUUCCUCCCCUCACGGACGGGAUCUCUCCGGCACAUAUCCCCCGCCGCCACAUUCCUCCGCUCAGGAAAAAGAAACCCACACACACGUUUCUGGAUACUUUUUCUUUGGAUUUUAAUGCCUCAUUUAAUAAUUCAACUAGCACUACUCUCGGGUAGUUUGCAUAUAUUUUCCUUUGGCGACGAGCGGCUGCGGCGCGGGGCUGAACAUAUCCGCAAGCUGUAUUUAGGUGCUCUCUCCCAGCCCCUCUCUGGAUGCAUCAGACUCCUCUCCCCCGGGGCCCUGGACCCGGUGUGUGACCCCGCCACCCUCACCCCACUCCCCCUCUCUUUCCUCUCCCUCCGCCCCAAACUCCUUCCCACCUGCCCACCUCGACGCUCCCGUCCUGGGCCCCCUGCCUCUCGACCAGCGGGCAGAGGCAGGGGGCCAUGGCGCCAUGGUAACCUUCAGCGGACGCAACCCCCUCGCCAUGAGCAGCGUGACCCCUCCGGAGGGCAGGGUUCAGGGGUCGAACUUCACCCCGCAUCACUUCAAGCCCUUCAGCUCGCAUGCACACUACCAGCAGGUGAUGCGUGCAUUGCGUAAGCUUCAGGAAAGUGGGUUCUACUGGGGGGCUGUCGGGGGCCGGGAAGCCAGCUCCAUGCUGCGCUCCGAACCACCCGGCACCUUCCUGAUCCGCGACUCCUCGGACCACCACCACUUCUUCACCCUCUCUGUCCAGACGGCUCGGGGAACCAAGAACCUGCGCAUCCACAGCGAGGGAGGCGGCUUCUUCCUGCAGCCGGACUCCCAGAACACCCAGGAGCCCCCGCAGUUCGACUGCGUGCUGAAACUCAUCGCGCACUACAUGGGCAAAGGGCCGGAUGCCGAAAGGAGCAGAGACGGUGCGUGUGGGGGGAAUUCGGGAGAGGCGGAAAUGAAGGGACGCAGCGUGUAUCUGAUCCACACCGGCGGCGAGAGGAUUCCCUUGGAACUGCGCCGGCCCCUCUCGACUUCUCUCUCGUCCCUGCAGCACAUGUGCAGGAGGACCCUGAACAACCGAGGCCUGGGGGGGUCGGAGCGAGACGAGCAGAUCCCGCACACAAUUAGAGACUUUCUGGAGGAGUACGACGCUCCUAUAUGACUGACAGGAACCGCAGAGGUUCCACUUCAUGGACUUGGACGUGAAUACACGCGGCACCAGAUACUGACCAGAGUUAGCCUUAGACGCCUGUGUGAGGUCAAGUGUUUCAUUGUGACCAGAAUCAGCUGAUUCCAGAUCUGUUUCACCACUGACCCACCAACCCGGGGUCUGGGAUGAGGAGUGUGAUUUGGGCAACCAACGAUUACCUCGUCCGUCCUGCCUUGCAUAAAACUGACCACUAAGUGUGAGUGGCAGAUGAAGCCAGAGGUCAAGGGUCAAUGUUUUUUUGUUUUUGUUUUUCCUAUGACUGACUCAGACGCAGAGCAGAGCCUCGUAGAAGAUUAACCUGAUUGGUAGAUAUUAACGAUGACAGCGACGACAUGAUCAAUACACCCCCAACCUAACCGCCUUGUGGGUUUGAUGUGCUCAAGAAGAAGAAGUCCUCCUCCUCCUCUUCCUCCUCCGGCAGCCUGACAUUUACAACACUUUGGAUCACUGGACAGAAAGAAAGACGGCAAAGAACAGAAAGGCUUAGAGGGGGGGUGAACGAAGGAGGAGUUAUAGAGAAAAGGCAAAGUCCAAACGUGGGACCCGAUGCAGCAUCGAACGUAGAGUAUUUGUUUGUCUGAGUGUGUGUGUGUGUGUGUGUGUGUGUGUGUUUGUGUGUUGUGGUAGCGCACACAUUUCCAUUGCUGCUUCCCGCAAGUGCUGGCCUCAUGGAGGGGGGGGGGGGCGGGGUGGUCAUGCACGCUGGCGUUUUGCACGCAUACAAACAGGUACAGACCCACAUGCAGGUUUUUGUGUUAGCGUGGGAACAAGAGCGGGAGGGGCGUCACAAAGCAUCUUCUCCUAGUUUGUUUCUCGGUUCUCCUCCUCCGUUCUCCUGCCCUCCUCUCUCUCUUUUGAUUCGGAGUUGCAUGUGCGCUUUGACAGUGACGGAAAACAGACUUCUGUUGCCGAGACAAAAGCUUGUUACUGAGACAAAAGCUUUGGCACAGGACCAAACAAAACAGCGGAACUUAUUUUUAUCCAGACUGGCUGGAAAAAUGUCAGCGACACUGUAAAGCUCCUCGGGGAACCAAGACAACGGCGGCGAUGAUGAUCCUAGAGAUUUGGUGAGGGGGGGGAGGAGGAGGGUGAGAAGAAGGAUGGAGUGAAGGAGAAAAAGAGAGGAGCGGGAAAUGGGAUUAGGAAAAAGGAAACUGAAGAGGACAGAGAACUGGGGAGGGGGGCUAGGGUAUGGGGAGAAGUGGGAGGAGACAUACUGGUAUACAGCUAAACAAAAACAUCAAUGUGAUUGAUGUCCCAGACUUAGAGGAAAUGAUUGAGCUCAACAGGAUGCUGCUCCUGUAAAUAUAAAGAUAGGUUUGCGAAGAAGAAGAAGAAGAAGCCCCCUCAUGAAAAAGAAAAGUUUUAUCUGAGUCUUAAUUCUGCCUUUUUUCAGACCCUCUCACACUUCAUUUCUUCUUCACAUCAUCAUCUCAAACUUCUUUUUGUGUGUGUGUUUCGAGUGAGUGUCUUGUCUGCGUUUGGUGGAAAGAGACAAGAGAGGAAGUGAACUGUUAUGUGGACGGUUUAAUCCCUGUAACUUUAGAAAGGUUUCUCACCUCCCGCCGACCUUCCACUGUUGCCUCUGAAUUCAGAGUCGGGUUUUUUUUUGUCUGUCUGAAUGUCAAAGGGAACACAAGACUUCCUUUAAAAAAAAAAAAAGUGGUUCUUUUAAAAAAAAAAAGAGAAAAAAAAGCCUUUUGUAAAACAAAGUACAAGGAUUUAAUCAAAGAUAUUGUUUUUCUGUCUGUGUUUGACCAGUGCUUAUACUUACCUGUGAUCCAUAUUGGAGUGGUAGCCUUUUUCACAUCCUUAAAACAUUUUGUGAUCUCAUGUGGCCACUUCAGACAAGAGCACUGAAAUAUACCAUAGUGAUAACAGAUUAUUAUUAUUUUUUUUUUAUUUUAUUUGUCAAAUCUCAGUCUUAUUUUUCCUCACAUCAACACCAAGUUUUUUUUUAAUUUUUAUUACAUGUGUCGCACCAGUGGACCACACGUGUAUGUGAAUCAUUUGUCUUUUAUAAAGACUCUCUCGCAAAAAGGCUGGCCACUAGUCUGGCAAAAAUACAAGCUGUAAUAUCUGAAAUGACAAAGCAUUACAAAAAAAAAAGAAAAUAAAUGAAAAGGAAAACGUUGCACAUAUUUAUAUUUCUAAAAUAUUUCAAUAAUUUAUAUUAAAGAGCACUAUUUUUACAAAAGUCAA